AUGUUAUUUUAUCUAAUUUAAAUUAUUAUACAAAUAAAUAAAGCCUAGUAGGAUUUACCAUCUUGUAUUCAAUAAGAUAGUGUUAAUUAUUGCAUUAACCAUUAAUAAUUGAGUUAAUAAGUAUAUAAUUGCUUUACUUAAAUAUAUCGUUUAUAAGAUGAUCCUGAAGAAUAAUGGAUUACUUAUACUUAAUUUUAUUUGAUGGUUAAUAUAUUCUGUGCUCAAAAAGUAAUAGAAAAUAAACACAUUAUAUAAUUAUCUCUAUUAGAAGAUUUAAAUAAUCUUUAUGAAGUGAUGAUUUUAUAAAUGUAAUACAAUAAAUUAUAAUUAGUAAUUAAAAUUAAGAAAAUUUAUAAAAUUUGAAAUAGAAUAUAAAAGAAAUAUAAAAUCAAGUUAAUAUAAGUCAUUAAGAGUUAAAGAAAAAUAAAACAAUUGUGGAUAAUUUAGUGGUAGAACAACAAUAAUUGAAUCUCUAGAUCUAAACUCAAUUUUAACAAUUUUAGCAAUAAUUUAAAUAAUUUAAUAAAGAAAACUUAUCCUUAAUAAAACAAAAUACAAUGAUAAUUACUAGCCUAAAGGAUUUUUUAUAAGAUAUAAUAUUAUAAAAGGCAAAUUACAAAAUACUUCUUCAUUGUAUCAUAUUUAUCAUACAUAAUUCCUUAACUAAUAAGCUAAAUAACUAUAUUCAUAUUUUAUAUAUACUUUCUCUAAAUUUGAGCAUUAUUUUGAAUAAUGAUAUUGAACUAGUGUUUUUUCUUAUGAUAUUUCUUUAUUAGUUAAUUUUGUAGAUUAGACAUAGAAAUAAAUAUUAAGAGGCUUAUCAUUCUUUAUAAUAAUUAGAGUUUUUGAAGACUCCAAAUUUUAAGAAAAUGAUUAAAUAAUUAUAAAAUAUUUCAUGAAAAUUAUUAUUUUCUUAGUUCUCUUAAUAGGAAUCAAUUAUUCACUCAAUUUAAAUCCUGUUAUAGGAAUAUUAACAAUACCAUCUGAUGAAGAUUAUGAAGAUUACCCUACUUCAUCAUAUUCAUAUUUUGCUGCUUCAUAUGUUAAAUAUGUAGAAUCAUCUGGUGCAAGAGUAAUGCCAAUCCCAUAUGAAGCAGAUGAGGCUACUUUAGAUAAAUACUUUUCUUAGAUUAAUGGAUUAUUACUUACUGGAGGUACUUUGGAUUUAGAAACAGAAUAAGGACCUUCUAAAUAUUUAUAAACAGUGACAUAUUUAUUAAAUAAAGUUAUUCAAGCAAAUUAAUAAGGAGAUACAUUUCCUUUAUUUGCUAUUUGUUUAGGACAUUAAACUUUGCAUUUUAUUUUAUCUAAAAAAGAUUAUGAUGUGUUAAUACCUGCUUCAGGAAUGGAAAGAGUGAAUAAAAAAUUAAUAUUUACAGACAAGUAAAGUACAAUGUUUAUAGAUUUAAAAGAAUCCAUUUUCAAAUCAAUUGAGACAGAAGAAUAAAGUAUUGAUAGAUUUAAUUCUAGUUUAUUUUAAUACUGAUUGGGCUGUUUUACCUUAAUAUUAUGAGACCCAUUCAGAAUUGAACGAUUUCUUUAAAAUUGUUGCUUUAGUUUAAGAUUCAAAUUAAGUAGUUUCAAUAGCUGCAGCAGAAGCUAAAUAAUAUCCAAUAUUUUCAUUAGGUUUUCAUCCAGAAAAACCAAUUUUUGAAUUCAAAAGUCCAUCAAUUCAUAAAUUUGAAUCUAUAUUAUUUGGUAGAAAUAUAAUUAAUCAAUUUACUCAAAUUGCUAGAGAGAAUAAUCAUAUUUUGAAAGAUUCAAAUUCAUUGAUAUUUAAGUAUAAUCCUAUUUAAUUGAGUUAUGCAUCAUUUGCAUAGAUUUAUUUCUUUAAAUUGGGAGAAUUAAAUAUAUGA